CAGGCGGGAGACAGGGCCAGACUUCAGCCAGUGGGGAAGCGGCAGGGGCGGGACAUGGGGACCAGGAAAUGGUGUCAGGGCUGUAAACAGGCACAUGGAGGGGCUGUUAAAGGUUGAGUUUUCCUCCCUCUCCUCCACUGUGUUUCAUUGGGGCUGGAAGGUGUGACUAUGAGAGCCAAUGUCUGGUGGUGUCACUGACCUGCAGCGCCACCUCCAGGCCAUGGAGCAAGGGAUGGGAGAUGGCGAGCAGCCGGACGAUCACCCACUGUACAAACUGCCUGAGCCUGGGCUGGACGGUGCUGUUCUCUGCAGCCCUGACUUCCAGCAGCCCCAGGAGCUGGAGCUCCAGGAGUCCCAAGGACACGCCCCCCCAGAAUGUACCAGCGCCCAACCUCAUGGAGCCCUGAGCAGCCUUGGGAGGCCCAGCCACUCUCUGCUGUGCGUGGAAGAGGAGAUCAAGAACCGGAAAAGACCCAGGCUCUCCAAUGGACCCCAGACCAGUCCCAGCCUUGUCUCUCACUUCCCUCGUGCGCUGAGCGGGCCACAGCCCCAGGGCCUGUCCCCCUUUGGACACGUCCUUCAGAGCAAUAGCCUGGAUCUCCACAGCAGACGUCCCCAGGACGGGCUGCCACACACCAGGACUUUGGACAGUCCCAGAGCCGCGCAUUCUGGGGCCUCGGUGCUCUACAGGCCCAGCACAGAGCAGCUGGAGUCUCCAUCCCUGAAUUACGGACUCGAGGACGGCUGCCCAUGGAGCAGCCGAGCUCCCUCAGGAGGCAGCAGCAUUAGCAGCCGAGCGAGCAAGGUGACGGGUCUAUACGCUGAACUGGUCAAGGAGCUGGAGCUGCAGAUGUCCGAGCUGCGGAAUCUCCUCGCCUCUCGGGAAGAGGCCGCCAUGUGGCAGGAGAGGAGGAUCAAGGAGCUGGAGCUGGAGAAUCAGCAACUGAAGAGCCAGCUCCGGAACCUAGAGGAGCAGAACGACCUCCUCUCCAGCAGGAACGGGGCAGGGGCAGCGGCAGGCAGGACGGUGCUGGGGUCCGGAAACAGCAGUAUUGCCGUCAACGAGAGCAACAUCCAGUUCCUGAAAGGCCUGGUGGGGCUCCUGGAGAGCGACGCAGCAUUGCAGGCCAAUGGCCUCCAGCCAUUCACCUCUCCCACUGUGGGGGAGCAGAGGUGCACUCCAGCUGAAGUCCCCAAAAGCCCCCCGGUCUGGAGGAUGCGAGCUGGGGUCCCAAGCGGCUUCCCACCCUGGCUGAGCACAGAGGACGGCUCGGGGAGCCCCGUCACGCUCAGCGACACCACCUGCUUAUGGGAGGAGAACAUACAAGAUACGCUGCCCGAUGGCACCCCGGUGUGGGCGUCGCCCGUGGAGGAGAAUGGGAGGCCCAAGCUGGAGCUGAUCCCCAACUCGGGGGUCUACAUCACCCACCACCAGCUGGACGACCUCUCGCAGGUUUCCACUGACAAGCCCAAGCUGAUGACCAGGCGCCUGCUGGAUUACUUCUUCUCCCGGGAGACGCUCGCCAGGUCUUCGGCCACCGGCCAGCGCAUCGCCCACAACAACACGACCAUGGAGAAACCCAUCCGCCUGCCGGUCGCAGUGGUAAAUGCUAUCAAAGAGUACGUCACCAAAGUGUGCGGCAAGAGCUGCAACUUCAACGCCGUGAUCAACAGCAAGUGUGGCACCUCCCGGAGGGCGGUCAAGAAAAUGAUCAUCAAGAUGGAAUAGACGGCGCCUGGGCCGGGGCCUCCCAAACGUCCAACGGCGAACCGGCUCCGAAAACGCUCCUCAGAGGAUCCGUCGUCGCCCCCCCCUCCAACAGACGCUGGGGUGCUGGCGGCCCAGGUCCCCUCCCACACAGCUGCUCUGGGGGUGGAGAUAACGCGCCCCUCCUGGCGGAUGUUACGGGGGCAGCAGUGGCCAUCCUGGGGCAGUCGGUCCUAGCACGCAGACCUUGGUGCGUGCAUUCCUGGGGAGGGGUGACUUACGCCUUCGAAUGAAGCGUCUGGGAUCUGCCGCGCCCAGGGGAGAAGCGAGCUGGCGGGCGCGUUCUGCCGCCAUAGCUCUGACGUUCCGUUCUAACGAGUCCCUGAGCAGGGAGGGCUGAUCCCACCGGGGAUGCUGCACUCACCCACGGGAAAGCUCUGUCCUCUUUCAAAACUUGUCAGCUCCAUUCUGGAAUCCCGGCGCCGCGACGCUGACCAUGAACGCUGCGGCCCUCUUCCCCCCGCCUCCGGGCGGGCGCUUCUCCCAGCGCAUCAGACUGGAAGAGGGACAGUGCCGGCAGUGGAACGGGGCCCAGGCCGCAGUCACGGCACUGGACUCUCUGGCCAGAGCAGGGGAACUUCUGCUUUGAAACGGUUCUUACCAGACUGUUUACCGGCCGGGCCUGUAGCUAAACCCAGAGCCUUAAGUCUUUGGAGUGAGGGGGGAUUCAGUCUCCCUCCCAUCCAGCAAGGUCUGCUCUCAUGCGGAGACUCACAGCGUGGCUCAACUAGCAAUUUCUCUGCUCGCUGUAGGUGUAAGAAUUUAACUGGGGGCAGAACAUUUGUUUCCCCCUGUAAAGGAAGUUCCCAUAAAUACUCUAUUUCUUGUAAAUAAAAUAAUCUUUCCU